AUGAGCGCGGCGGGGCUGCUGGCCCCCCUGGCCCCGCUGGUGGUCCCGGCGGCCCCGGUGGCCCCCGUGGUGGCCCCGGCCCCGGUCCCCCCGUCGGCCCCGGCCCCCCCGCGGCGGCCGAGGACGAAGAGGCGGCGGCGGCGGCGGCAACGGCCCCCCCCGGGCAACGACAACGACGGCGGCGGCGACGACCGCGGCGGGACCCGCGGCGUCAGGGACUCCGACGAAGAUACCGAGGACGCGAGCGAGACGGACCUGGCCAAGAACGAUGAAGAAGACUACGUAGAAAUGAAAGAACAGAUGUACCAGGACAAACUGGCCACGCUCAAGAGGCAACUGCAUCAGCUGCAGGAAGGCACGCUGCAGGAAUAUCAGAAGCGAAUGAAGAAGCUAGACCAGCAGUAUAAAGAGAGGAUCCGGAACGCCGAACUCUUUCUCCAGCUCGAGACGGAGCAGGUGGAGAGGAACUACAUCAAGGAGAAGAAGGCGGCCGUCAAGGAGUUCGAAGACAAGAAAGUGGAGCUCAAGGAGAACCUGAUCGCCGAGCUGGAGGAGAAGAAGAAGAUGAUUGAGAACGAAAAGCUGACCAUGGAGCUGACGGGAGAUUCCAUGGAGGUGAAGCCCAUCAUGACGAGGAAAUUGAGGAGACGACCGAAUGACCCCGUCCCCAUCCCGGACAAGAGGAGGAAACCCGCUCCCGCCCAGUUGAACUACCUGCUGACGGAUGAACAGAUCAUGGAGGACCUGCGGACGUUAAACAAGCUGAAAUCACCCAAGCGACCAGCCUCCCCGUCGUCUCCGGAGCACCUGCCCGCCCUGCCCGCCGAAGCCCCGGCCCAGCGCUUCGAGGCCCGGAUAGAAGACGGCAAGCUCUACUACGAUAAGCGAUGGUAUCACAAGAGCCAGGCCAUCUACCUGGAGUCCAAAGACAACACAAAGAUCAGCUGCGUCAUCAGCUCCGUGGGAGCCAACGAGAUCUGGGUGAGGAAGAGCAGCGACAGCACGAAGAUGAGGAUCUACCUGGGCCAGCUUCAGCGCGGGAUCUUCGUCAUCCGACGGCGCUCGGCGGCGUGACUCGAGGCGCCGGGCCUCCUCCCUCCGCCCUUUUCGAAUCAUUUCCCGUUUAUUUUUGUUGGGGGGGGGGGGGUUUGUACGAUUAUUAUUUUCUUAAGGAAUGGACUCUCCGGGAGUAGGCGUCCGUAAAAGGCGUUACCGGAUUCUUCGGGGACCGGAAAAUGUGGGCGGUCUGUCCGUCGUCGGAGAGCGGCCCAUCUUUGUCGCCGCGAAGCGGGAGGAGCCUCCUCAUCUUCUCGCGUCCGGAAGACGUUCGAUGCCUUCCCGCAGUGAGCCGGCCACGCUCUCUCCCCCGCGGAAGGUCAGGCCGGAGGUCGGAGGGGAAGGAGACCAACGCGACCGGCUCCGGGGGCGGGGGAUCGUCGCCCGUCCAAGCGGAUGAGCGGCCCAACGAUCGGCUUGAGAUUCCAGGGGCACCGAGGGAAGUUUGGGAAAAAUCCCUCCCGUGCCAAAGUCGCCUUCCUCAUUUCAUUUUCCUCAUUUAGCUGCCAAUAAAGGCGGCCGACGGGUUCGGACCCACCGGGUCAGGCUACGGAAAUCGGGAGGUUCCCUUCCGCGCGGACUUCGGAUCCGCUAGAAGUCCAGCGGUCGUGGUGCGUUCCGUAAUCUGCCCGCAGAGUGAUUUCCCCAGCUCUCCAGAAGAAGAGGAGGCAUCUCCCGAAGGCACGAUUAACCGCGUCCCAACCUGGCUAAUGAGACUCCAGUGGUUUUUCUAUCUUGGCGAUUAUGUGUGUGGGUGUGUGUUUGGAUGGACGCAUCAUUAGUAGACGGGCAUACGCACAGGCUAAGCACGUUGACUUGUAAUUAACACGACGUUCCAUCCUGCGCCCACCCGGCGUGGAGGCCCUCCAGGGCAGCCUCCGGAAAUUUCCGGCGGGGGCGAGUGGAAGUGAAACGGUUGUUUCUCGGCCUCCGUCGAGGCUCUGCAAAAGUGGUCUCGGGCAAUUAAUUCUCCCCGAUCCCCCCUCGGUCCUCUGCCCCUUUGGGGAACCGGACAAAACCCAGGUGGUAGUCACCCUCCGACUUGCACACACUUACGCUCUCCAACCCCUUGUCCCAAGGGUGUGGUUGACUUCAAAUCGCUCCCUCCUCUCUGGCUGAGUCUGGAAGGAAAACGAAAAUGGGAACCGGCGGCCAGACCGUCUCAUUCUCGCCCUUGCUGGGGGAUUCCCAAGCAGAGGCCCGCUCCUUACCCCCAGAGAAGGAGUGUCGGGGGUCGGGUUGGGAUUAAAAGCCACCUUUUCCGAUUUUUGUGCGUAGCGUUUGCUGGGCCCCCCCCCCUUAUCCUUAUUUUUUCCAGCUCCCAGAGAAGGGAUUCUGUUGGUCAGAAGUUAUCUGCUUACCCUUUCCUCCUCCCUCGCCGCCCCCACAAAUUGCACAGUGGUGUGGUCACGUGGAGGUCCAGGGGCAAUCAGGCGACGCGGAGGGUCGCCCUCCCCAUUUUGAGGACGUGGGCUAUUGGGGCCAUGAAAGGGGGACGGACCUUCUCAGCAAGGCAGUUGGCAAGUAGGUUCCCGGGGACCGGCGGCUUUGGGGAAAACGGUGGAAGGGGGCUGGGGAUGGAGAGAAGGACCCAGCGAUGGGAGUUUGGCCUAGUGGCCUCCCAGCCCAUCCUUGAUAUCCCCUCACAACUCUUGGCACGGGACAAAAAUCUCCCAUCACCAGCCCAUUCGGAUGGUUGAAGAGCCAAUGUGGCGGGAGGGGGGUCGCGAUACCCUUUUUGACCCACGGACCCCCACCAAGUUAAUUUCUAUUAGCGUUGGCCUAGAUGUGACCUUCAGCAUCGCGGGAAGAACCGCCGUCUCUACUAGCGGACGACACCUUUGCGGCAGUGUUUCGGUUUUGUUCUUUUAAGAUAGGUUGAACACUCGUGUGUCUUCCCGUCGAACUGCCCCCAGCUCCUCUUCAUAACAAGUUGGGUGUUUGGUGAGCGCUUACUCUAUGCCACUCGCUGUACUAAGCGCCGGGGAAGAUUCGGUGUAGCCAGAUCCGAUACGAGACCCCGCCCAAUGUCACAGUGUAUAACCUUUUUGCAGAUGAGGGGAUUGAGGCCCAGAGAUGUUAAGCACCCAGCGGGAAGAGGCAGAGCAGGAUUAGAACCGGGCUCUUUCCUUUCGGCCGCACCGCCGCUUCAGUGUUAUAACGUCCUGGAAGAGGGUAGGAUUUUGACCGUCAAACUCACCUUGGUGAAAAUCUGAGGCUGGAUUUUGUCCCACGGACCCCGGCCGACGUUCGAGGAGGUUAGAUUAUUUUUAAUCAAAAAGCCCCGGGCCCCGAAGGUGCCGUUUUAACCACCGUUUUCGCCGGUUGGGGUAGGGGCUGGGUGUUCGGACAACUCCCUCGGGGGGGAUAGAGACCAUUUCAGAGUUGCAGGAAGGGGUCAAAGAGGGAAAGAGUCGCUGGGCUCUGGGAUUAGGAGAAGGGCAGCACUUGGGAGAGGAGAAAGAUUUACUCUUGAGGUCCAAGCUGUUCCAAAUGUGAUUUCCGAGGUCUUUGCCGAACGCUUCCUGUGCCCAGAGCGUUAGACGGAGCGCGCGGGAGAGGACGGUAUAGUCGGUAGCCACGAUCCCCGCCCUCAAGGAUCUUAACAGCGUUAGCCCUCCAAAUACCAAGAUGGUUGAUUACGGAGUCCAGCCGGGGCCUUAUCCCACCAGAAGCAUCCUCCCAGUCCAUGCCAUGGCUCGGUUUCUCGCGUGUUGGGGCCAAGACCUCCAGGCUUCUGUUGAAUAUUGAAAGCGCCCGACCCGCAGACAGCCAGUUAUCGGCAGGGAGGCGUUCAGCAAUGAUGGCCUGCCCGCGUGCUCCUUUUCUGGUGACCCUUGAAGUCCCAGGGCUUUUUUUGGCGUCGCCUUCAGGCCUCACAGGUUUCACCGGUGACAUCCGUUAGAUAAGAGGGUCUUUGUUGAGUUUUGAUAUACUGCCCGUUUUCGCCCGAUUGCUCUACUUUUCUGCAUAAUUCAGGCAACGGGGGGCCAUUAUGCGAGUCGCGUAGCAAGUCCAAUAAGGUGAGUAGGAGAAAAAGAGAGAGCCCCGCCUAAGGCGCAGGGACCAAUCGUGUCUGUUGACUGUCGUAUUCACCCUAGCGCUUAGUACAGUGCCCUGCCCCUACUGAGUGCUCGGUAAAGCCAGUGGUCGAAAGGAGAAUGAAAAGGAAGGUGUUUGAAACCGCGUCCCGCUCUUCUAAGUGCUACCUACGAUGCUGUGUAUCGCAUCCCCUCUUUGCUGUCUCAUUCUCACCAUUCCGGUCCUUUCGCUGCCACGGUUGGGUGGGUGUCUAUCACAGUUUAUGACUUUUUGGCAUUAAAAAACCCCAAAAUAUCCUUUAUUUCCUUCUCAAAUUGGGGUGGGGCGAUCGGGCGAGUCAUUGUGGCAUUGCGGAGUGGUGUAUUCGGUCUGAAGGUGGCACCCGAUUUUUUAUCCAAGAGGAAGGCCUGACAAGGUGGAGGAGGAUUUAGGCCGCCUCCGUGACCGGAAUGAAGUUGGAAUUUAGCCAGGAAGAGAGCGAUCCCAUUCUCGAAGCGUGUUUUUUCAGUCACUCCUACUGGCUUGGGUUUUUCUGGUCGUCACUCCCUACCUCGAGCCAUUCUUGGACUUUCCCUUCGGCCGGGGACUUGGGUGUCUCGGAAGAGGCGAGGCCCGUUUGUCUAGGACGGGCUGAGGCUCGGGUCUCUGGAUUAGUGGGAUCGUCCGGACAAACGGACCUCCAACGAAAGUCACCUCGGGGGCAUCUCGAGGGGUCGGCAGCCGUUUUCCUCGAUCCUAAUCUUCGGGCCCGGAAUCCGGACGAGCAGCGGAGGCCCGGAAGGACGGGAGGACAAAAUCGUUAACUCACAGGGAGACCGCUUGCCGGACGAAGGAGUUGACGGGACAGAAGGAUCGGGCUCCGGUUUCCAAAAAGUUCAACCUGCUACCAGUGGAUGCCCACAAAUCCCCUGCAACAGGCGGAGGUACGGUAACUAUGGACCGUUGAAUGAACUCACCCCCUGACCUCGCGUGACGUCACUCCGUGAGGGCCGAUGCCGAUGUAAAAAGUGUAGGUCUUUUAUUGAAAAAUAAACUUUUUUGAAACAUGGGG